AUGUCCUACAGCAACAAACACCCUCAAUUUUCGGGUCAUGAUGAUCGUAUGUUUCGAAAAUAUGAUAGUUGGGAUGAAGGAGCACCAACCGAGCAUCCCAAGAGAAAGAAAGAGUAUCAUCCUCGCCCAUACCAUACCGGCUAUACUCAUAGUCAACAGUAUGGCCAUAAUAGAUAUUCUCAUCAUGGCAAUAACAGCAAUUUUGAUGCAUCAUCCUCUUCAACAUCAUCGUCCAUUAUGAGUAGAGAUGAUAACGUCUCGGAACAUUCUGAUCAUUCAUUGAGCAGAAUCGAAAUACCACAGCAACAACAACAUUAUUCUGGAUUCAACAAGCCUAGUAAUUAUUUUCCAAGUUCUUCCCACUAUUCCCACACUCCCCAUCAUAGAAGUUAUAACAUGACCAACUAUAAUGUUCAAGAUGAUCAAGAGUUGAGAGCAAGAACAAUUUACAUUUCAAUGCUCCCCAGCAGUGCUACUGAACAAGAUAUUAAAGAUUUAUUGAACCAAAAUAAUUUAACAAACUAUAGCGAAGUGAGUAUGAAAAACCAACCAAAAGGAGUUGCGUACGUCAUUUUUAAUGAUAUUGCUUCUGUUACACCUUCUUUAGCUCUAACUGGAAGUUACGUGAAAGGAUUUCCAAUUGUUGUGAAACAAGCUGAGGAAAAAAAGAGAAAGCGAGAACAAUUGGAAUCCGUUGAUACAAGUGAAAAUCAAGACAUUCAACAAGGACAUUGUAAAGUAUAUGUUGGUAAUGUACCUCCCAUUUUUACUAGAUCCGAUUUGUUUAAAUUAUUUGGAGCCUUUGGUUUUAUUGAAAAGCUGGAUAUGAAAAAAGAUGAAAAUGGAGCAUUUAAUGGCACUGUACUCAUGACAUUCCAAAAAUUCGACGGAGCCAAAAGGGCCGUUCUCAAAAUGAAUGGAUUUUCUUUUUCUCCUAAAUAUAUAUUGAGGGUUGGAUUUUAUAAUGAGCCAGAGUCAGAAUCAAAGAAACCACAAACACAAGAGCAAGAAGAUACUGAAGAAGGUAUUCAAGAGUCAAGUCACAAUGAAAGACCUACAGCAACAAACACAUUCGCCGAACGAUUUAUCACAUUACGCUCUGCAGAGGUAAAAGGAACUGCUUCACAAAAUCUCUCCUUCUCGCACAUGUUUGAUCCUACAACUGACCAAUUGAAAGUGGUCGAGGACAACAUUAGAAAAGCAUGUAAAAGUUUUGGAAACAUUGUCCAUAUCUUUGUUGAUGGCCAAGAUCCAAAUGGAAUGAUAUUUCUUCGUUUUGAUAACAUUAUUGGAUCACAAAAUGCAGCUCAAAGAUUGCCUUCCCUUCGCACCUCAUGGACAGGAUCAAGUAACAAACUUCCUCUUCCAAGCGUCACCUACUUGAGCGACUCUCAAUACAUGACCAUGUUCAACCUGAGAUGA